UUGAGGAUAUGAAAAACGGCAAGGUAUGCAUAUUCCAUAUCGGUUAUGGAUAUUUGGAAGAUUUAUUGCCACAUAUCUUUUACAUAGCCUUAGAAAUAUAUUUUGUUGGUUGAAAAAGCACCUUAGUAUCCUGAUUAUAUUCUUUUGACGGUAAUAUGAAGACCCUUGUAAUUCGUACUACCAACACUUCGAAUCGCGAAGACAGCAUUCAUGCAAAAUGUAAAAUUAAACAAGUACUUGCAACGCAAAGUGCAGUUCGUAUUCCUUACAGUGUGUUCUAAAUCCGUUUUUAGUCAGCGCUUUAGAACACGUAGAUGUACUGGGUGUACCUGAUAGUCUGGAUCUCUUGCAUCAAGAAAUCCAGAUUAAUAACAAGUAUUUUUUUAUGAUAUCCCAAUGAGUAGAGUGUUGUAUUUCUGACAUUUCAAAACAUAUUAUCGGAUUCUUAAUGAGAUUAGCAGUGAAUGUCGUUACGGUAGUAUAAUGUCCAUACAAACAAUACCACGUCGAACCAUGGAUUACCCGAGUUUUAAUCAUAUACUAUUCAGUUUUGAUACUUGGAGGGCACAAAUAAGUUUAUGAAAGCUUAAGUUAACGUAUAGUCCUGGUUUGAGUCAAUGUAAUGCCAAAAUUUGAGAUUUCAACCCAAUGGUCAUAAACAAUUCUCUAAAUAUUAGACUACUUUGCUGACUUGUGCACCUGAGAAUUAUCAUUUGGUGCUGCAACUUAUGUUCAUGUAAAUGUAAGCAUACACUAAUUUGAUCUUCGUAUACUACAUAUCAAUUAUACAAUUAUUAGAAAACAAUAUGAAUUCCUCACUUGUCCGUAGUUUGUUUUUCAUCUACAAAUCAACCUUUCGAAGCUGUAUCUGAAUUUUCGACACUAUUACGUGUUACUUCUGUUUUUAACUUGGCGAUGGUUACAUAUGAACUGGAGGGUAUAUCUUAUAACAUUGACGAAGGUAUGGCUACUUUACGUAUGAAAGUGACAUUGGGCGAUGGAAAAGUAGAUCCAGUAGCUUAUCGCAUCAAGAUGACUCCCCAUCAUCGUACUGGUACUGAGUGGUGCAUUUACCCUACUUAUGACUAUACUCAUUGUUUGUGUGAUUCCAUCGAGAAUAUCACACAUUCAUUAUGCACUAAGGAAUUUCAGUCACGACGUCCUGCCUACUAUUGGCUUUGUAAUUCACUUAAUAUUUAUUGUCCAGUUCAGUGGGAAUAUGGUCGCCUCAAUUUGUAUUAUAGUGUGGUAUCGAAGCGCAAAAUUUUAAAGCUGAUAGAAGCCGGUAUUGUUAAUGACUGGGAUGAUCCACGGUUAGUAACUUUGACAGCACUCCGUCGUCGUGGAUUUCCACCUCAAGCCAUUAAUAUGUUUUGUGAACGUAUUGGCGUUACUAUGGCUCAAACAGUCCUUGAUCCUUCUGCUUUAGAUGCUUGCGUACGGGACUAUCUGAAUGAUCAUGCACCACGUGUGAUGGCCGUUUUAGAGCCAAUAAUAGUAACUAUUACGAAUUGGUAUGAACUGUAUGGCAAUAAGUCUUCUGUCGAGCUUACAGUUGCGGAUUUUCCUGCCAUUCCAGACAGUAAGACGCAUAGCGUCCUGUUGCAACAGGAACUGUACAUAGAAAAUACAGACUUUCAAGAAGUUGCUGAGAAAGGAUAUCGUCGUUUAACACCUAAUCAACCAGUUGGUCUUCGUUACACAGGCCUUGUUUUAGAAUUUUCCGAUUUAAAAAAGGAUUCCGAUGGAAAAAUAUCUCAUUUAUUUGUGAAAGCCCAGAAGGUAGAGGAUUCUACUAAGCCAAAAGCUUUUAUACAUUGGGUAUCCAAUCCUCUGCACUUUGAAGCUCGACUGUAUGACCGAUUGUUCACCGUCAAGGAGCCAGAAAGCGAAAAGAACGGAUUCUUGUCUGUCAUUAAUAAAAAUUCAUUAGUCGUAAUUCCGGGUGCUUUGAUUGAACAGUCUGUCAAAAAUGCUGAGGUUUACACUGCCUAUCAAUUUGAACGUCUUGGUUUCUUCUCUGUGGAUCCUGAUACAAACUCAAAACGUAUGGUUUUCAAUCGAACUGUUGCUCUAAAAGCCGAUCCUGGUAAAACAAUUUAAUAUCAAACUGGUUUUCAGGACUAUGGUUGUUAAUGUUAGAUUAAACAUUAUGUAUAGUGCUAUGUGACUUUUAAUACAUUUCCUACGUUGGAUACCCUUUUA